UUUGAGUGAUAUAUAUCACCAUUUUGGAUCACAAUGUGUAGAUAUAUAAAUUUUGUCUUGUGACUAAUAGACAAAUGUCACACAACGGUCGCAGUUUUGCCACCAUUUUGUAACUAUUGUUCAUUUAGCAACUAUUUAGCGACGAAUAGUGCAACUAUUUGCCGACCAAUAGUGCGACUAUUUAGCUACGGUUUGUGAAAUUUCUAUGAUUUUGGCUAAGUGUUUGGGCGGUUCCGAUUCCCCCAAAUUUUUUUUCUUUGUCACUAAUUUGCGACUAAAGAGCGACCAAUACACUUAAUUAUUAGGUUAAAACAAAGUCGAUUCUUCACUUUCUCAUUUCCCCUAAUUUCGAUCUAGGGUUUUCUUAUUCUCUCCACUUCACUACGAUUUUCGUUUUUCUUCUCAAAUCUCCUCAAAAGUCUUCAAAUCUUCUCAUUUCUUCGAAUCUCUGUCUCAAAUCACUUCGUUCCUUUCCUCUGGGUUCAAAUCGAUUGUCUCAAACCCUAAAUUUCGACUCAAACUGCGAUUUUCAUGGCUCCUAAAGGUAAAUCGUCACGCGGCCGUGGUGGGGGCCAGAACACCAGAGCAACAGCCGCUGGAGGAGGCCAGAACUCUAGAGCAGUAGCCGCUGAUCCAGUCGAGAACACUAGACCAGCAGCCGCUGGAGGAGGCGAGACCAGUCGCCGCGGAGGGGGCGAGACCAGUAGCCGUGGAGGACACCAGACCAGUAGCCGCGGAGGAAGCCAAACCAGUAGCCGUGGAGGAGUCAACAGACCAGUAGCCUCUCGACCCCGAACCUAUGUUGGUCACAGACUACCACUCACUACGAGUGGGGUCGGAACAUCUUCUCACUCAUUCAACCCUCACUCAUCGAACCCAUCAGCGACACAGUCUGCGACCCAAUCCCAUGCGAAUCAUCCUUUCGGUAGACAACCUCCUCCUCCUCAGCCGCAUCAUCAGCCACAACAACCGCUUCCUCCUCUCCAGCCUCUACCGGAAGAUGAUGCGAAUCUCCAAGGCAUACCUGAACAACAAAACCAACUCCAUGGAGAGGAAGAGGACGACGAAGAGAACGCUGAUCCAGCUGGAGACUACGAAGACAUGCUGGAUCGUUUGCUAGCCCUUCCAGGCCGACAAAAUCUACCUCUUCUGUCUAGACACCCAAUACCAGGCGUUAAAACACUCUGGUUUAACCGGCAUAAGGGGGUGCUAUCCCGAGCAAUUUCCACAAUAUUUAGGAGGAAGUUUGAUGGGCCUUACUACAACUGGAAGGUUACUCCAAUAAACAUACAAGAGAGAUAUUUCAGAACCUUUGCGCGGCAGUUUAAUUGGGAUUCUGGGAUUACUGGCCUUGUGAGAGCAGGAUUUCUUGUUAUAGCCAAGAAACGGAUGAAAGGGAUUGUCAGUCAAGUAAAGAAGACAGGUGUACAACCAACUUGGAUUCGUAAGACAAUUUGGGCUGAGAUGCAGCAGUUUUGGAAAACCGCUGAUGCUAUAGAGAAGAGUGAGAAUGCUUCACAAUGCAGAAAUUCUGAUCGUGGCAGACUUGGAGUGCACAAACACUUAGCCGAUCAGAAAUCUUUUAUCCAAGUUCAUCAAGAGAUGGAGGAAGAGUUGGGGCGUCCAGUUUCACUUGGCGAAGUAUUUAUGAGAACGCAUACUAGAGCUGAUGGAUCUUUUGUGGAUCAAAAGUCUGAACAAGUAGCUGAGGCAUAUACGAAGACACUUGAAGAGAGAUUGGCUGAACUGGAAGAAGAGGGUCAGGAUACUACAGAGAUUUCCUCUGAACAUUCUCAGCAUCCUAGAGAACUCAGCAUUGAUGAAAUGAAUGAUAUCUUCCUUAAGUGUACUCAUAUAGAUGACCAAGGCAACCCUUAUGGUCUUGGAUCUCUUGCGGAGACCCUACACAAAGGAAAAAGGAAGGAGAGUUAUGCGAGCUCAUCUUCUACAGUGACAGUUGUUGAGCUUCAAGAGCAGCUACGGCGCAAGAUCUCUGAUCAGGAUGCUGAAAAUGCAAGACGUGAUGCGGAGCACCGCACAUCUGAAGCUCGGAUCGCCAGCUUGGAGAAGCUCAUCCUCUUUAUGAAAGAAAAGGAUCCUGACUUAGCAGCCUUCAUGUCUUCUUCUCCAAUCCUGCAACCAGAAGUCAUCAUACCACCCAGCACACAAACAUGCACCCUUCCAACAACCACAGAAGCAGCAAUCCAACCAGCUGGACUCGCACCUACUGAAACCACACCAGCCUCUCCUAUUUCUAACUCUGAUUCAAACCCUAUGAACUAGUUUUUUAUUUGCUUAUGUUUUGUACUGUAUAAUACUUUGUUAGGAUGGUUUUAAUUAGUGUUUUUGAAUGAUGGAUUAUGAGUAAUGUGAAAUCAGUAUUGCAGGUUUGGGAUUAUUUGCAUUUGAAAGCGAUUUUGCAGGUUUGGGAUUAUUAACGUGUAACCAAUCUGUGACCAAACUAAUUAACAAAUGUGACCAAUCUGUGACCAAACUAAUUAACAAAUGUGACCAAUCUGUGACCAAACUAAUUACAAGAAACUCCAAAUCUAGUAUCAAAAUGGUUACUAAUAGAAAACUCUUUUGCUACACAACAAUAAGAGUCUUAAAUUGGUCGCAAACUAUUAAGACUCUUUUUCGACUAAGGUGGUACUAAAAGAUAUAUCGUCUGCGACUAAUGUGGGACUAAAUAUUUGAUCCAAGAACUCUUUCGUUUGAACCGAACAAGUCGCAAACUAGUUGCUAACUAACAUAUGUCGCUCUUUAGUCAGACAUUUACAACGAC